UACUCUGCUCUCUCUUCUCAGGUUUUGUUUCGUACUCCUCAGCUCUUGUUUUGUUUUCUUCAGCUGUGGGGCUUGAUACUUUUCGACUUCCAUGCUCUCUCUGGGAUUAUAAAAAGAGUAUAUAUCAUGGGCUUACUCUGUAGUAGAAGUCGACAUCAUACCGAAGAAACGGACGAGAAUGCACAGGCUGCUGAAAUCGAAAGACGGAUAGAGCAAGAAGCGAAGGCUGAAAAACAUAUUCGGAAGCUUCUGCUACUUGGUGCGGGAGAAUCUGGGAAAUCUACUAUCUUUAAGCAGAUAAAACUUCUCUUCCAAACUGGAUUUGAUGAAGGAGAACUAAAGAGCUACGUUCCGGUCAUCCAUGCCAAUGUCUAUCAGACUAUAAAAUUAUUGCAUGACGGAACAAAGGAGUUUGCUCAAAAUGAAACUGAUCCUGCAAAAUAUACGUUAUCCUCUGAAAAUAUGGCCACUGGGGAGAAACUUUCUGAAAUUGGUGGGAGGUUAGAUUAUCCGCGUCUUACCAAGGACCUCGCCGAGGGAAUAGAAACACUAUGGAAGGAUCCUGCAAUCCAGGAAACAUGUUCUCGUGGUAAUGAGCUUCAAGUUCCCGAUUGUACGAAAUAUCUGAUGGAGAACUUGAAGAGACUGGCAGAUGUGAACUAUAUUCCAACCAAGGAGGAUAUUCUGUAUGCGAGAGUUCGCACAACUGGUGUCGUGGAAAUACAGUUCAGCCCCGUGGGAGAAAAUAAGAAAAGUGGUGAAGUGUACCGAUUAUUUGACGUGGGUGGACAGAGAAAUGAGAGAAGGAAAUGGAUUCAUCUGUUUGAAGGUGUAACUGCUGUGAUAUUCUGUGCUGCCAUCAGCGAGUACGACCAAACACUAUUUGAGGACGAGCAGAAAAACAGGAUGAUGGAGACCAAAGAAUUAUUCGACUGGGUCUUGAAACAGCCCUGUUUCGAGAAAACAUCCAUCAUGCUAUUCCUCAACAAGUUUGACAUAUUUGAGAAGAAGGUUCUUGAUGUUCCAUUGAAUGUUUGCGAGUGGUUCAGAGAUUACCAACCAGUUUCGAGUGGGAAACAAGAGAUCGAGCAUGCAUACGAGUUUGUGAAGAAGAAAUUUGAGGAAUUAUAUUACCAGAACACUGCGCCGGAUCGAGUGGACAGGGUUUUUAAGAUCUACAGGACGACGGCGUUGGAUCAGAAGCUUGUGAAGAAAACAUUCAAGCUUGUAGAUGAGACACUAAGAAGGAGAAACCUAUUGGAGGCUGGUCUUUUAUGAUUACUUAUUUAUUACUCAAGUAAAUUACCUAUUUUGUGUGUGUUUUAAAUAUAUUUUUAAGAAACUGAAUGACCCUAAUUGUUAUGCCUGGACUCUGGAGAGAGACCUGUGGUUCAAAAAUCGAUGUCUUCUACAUCUGUUUUUAAUUUUAUUCUCAUUGUUUUUUUUCUUUUUGUAGAAGCACCCAAAUAAGCAAAGAAAAUGAGAAAGAGAAAAGAAAGAUAAGAAAAGAAAAUAUCGGGGAGAUAGAGUUAAGAGUUUUAGUUUUAGUGAAUUUUGUGUUUUAUUUGGAUAAAUAGCCUAAUCCUACUACGUAUUCGAGAAGUCAUUUUAUU